AAACAGGGUCCAAAUAAAGAUACUGAAUGGAAUGAUAUAUUGAAAUAUUUUGGAAUUCUUCCUCCAAAAGAAAAACUGAAAGAUGAAAUUGAAGAAAUGGUUUUACACUCACAGAAAGAAGCACAGGGCAAGCAACAAGACUUGCAAGAAUGGAAAUAUCUUCAGAGGAGGCAAAAGUAUGGGGAACUAAGAGAAAGCUGUAGAAAGCAGUAUGUAAAUGAAGUUACAAAUGCUCCAGAGGAUGUUUGGGUUAUAAUUCAUCUUUAUUGGUCAAGCAUCCCAAUGUGUUUACUGGUUAAUGAACACCUCAACCUGCUAGCCUGGAAGUUUCCAGAAGUCAGGUUUCUCAAAGCCAUUGUAAACUUCUGCAUUCAGAAUUACCAUGAUAUAUACAGAAAAUUAGCAGAAGUUGGAGCAACAAAAAAAGAACAAAACCCUCAAAAGGACAUUAUGAAUAUGAUACUGCCAGUGUGAAGCACUUCUGCUCAUGAAGACACCAAUACAAAAACCAGUGAUGUGAUGAAACUGCUUGAGAGCCUUUUAAUGCUUUAA